CAACUCGUGCUAGCUUGACUGUUUGUCCGACUUUACACGUUCCAGGCGGAGUUCAGGUCUUAAACAUUUGGCCAACUUCUUUAUAUCUCCACUUCUUCGUUCACAUAUUUGAACUGAGAUACCUUUUCUCCUGUCUGCCUUGGAGACGUAACAACUCAUGGAAUAUCUAAACGCUGAGGCACGUUUACAUUUUUGACACUUUCUGGGCUUAUAGCUAAACAAGCCUAUCUCCCCCCCUCCCGCCUCAGUUGAAGCGCUCCCAGGACAGGAGAGUUUUCUCGUUUGUAACUUUAUUUUUUUUAUUUUGUCUCGUCGGAUUUUUGGAGGGCCCAUGCGAUGUCACGGACUAUUAAAAGAAGAAAGAAAUGUGUCUGUUUAGUUUAGUGCUUUCCGUACUAAUGCGUUUGAUGACUUUAUUUGUUGAAACCAGUUGAGCAACUGGCGACAGGACUCUAUAAUCAAUGUGGUGUCAGCUGGAAGGACGCGGGGUCCGGAUCUCACCUAAACGCUGAUACGUCUUGGGAGUGAUGCACUGGCUUCCCCUGGUUGCCAUGGUGAUUGCCUCGGCCCUGCCCUUCCCUCACAACCCCGUGUCCAGGAUUGCCGCCGCUACGACAGAGCCGGGCUUUGACGAGCGCAGAAAGCACCCGGCUGCUCGCCUCGCAGCUCCCCCUGUGGACUACAACAUCCAUAGGAAUGCCUCACAAACGGACUACAACAUGGCUGCUGCUCUUAGCCAACACAGCAACCGGCAACCGCUCCAGUACCGUUGGGAUUAUGUGAAAUCCUCCGCAGAUGAAGAGACUUCUACGUUCAAAGUGGAGAAUCAAGGAAACUAUCAAUCGAAUAGCAACUCAGGCAGCGAUGACAAAAGCAGCGUCAGUGUGGAUGCUCCCACGGAAGGAGGACCACUCAGGACCGAGGAUAUUUCCCAGGAUAAUUCUCUACCAAAGGACUACAAAGCUGACAGCAGCAACGGGCAAGAUUACUCCAGUUUUGUGGACUUUUCCAAGGACAAUAAUCAGGACUCCACAGAAAGACUGUUGCAGGUUUCUACAGCGGAAACCCUUAUCGCCGUCAGUCCUGCUGCUAAUUUAAGGGGUCACAGAGGACCAGAACCAACUGUUCCCUCUGAGAAGCUGAGAGAUGCACCCACAGUCAGUACAGGAAGCACGUGGACACCGGGGGCUGUGAGAGGUCUAGCUCAGGAAAGCUUGGACCUGGAGGCAGGGCUGGGUCUGGAUACCGGGCUGGACAGUAUCCUAGAAGGAGACGAGAUGUUUCUGGACGCACAUCCGCGAGUCCUGUUCUCUCCCUCGCUGUCGCCUCCAGAACACCCACCUCACCCACUCAUGUUGGAAAGUGGCUUGCUGGAGGAGGACAGGGACAGGGAGGAUCAGGACGACAUGGACGGACACAUCGAGGGUCACGGGGACCGGGCCAUCGACAGGAGCACCACGCCGAGCUGGGCUGAGGUCGCCCGUCCUGUUAAAAGGGAUAAACGCUCGCAUUUGAUCGAUAGGAGGAGAGGGGAGAAGUCGGUGUGCGAGGCGGAAAGUGUUUGGGUUACCGACAAGAAGACCGCCGUCGACUCCCACGGUCAGAAGGUCACCAUCUUGCAGGAGAUCCAGACCCAGACGGGACCGCUCAAACAGUACUUCUAUGAGACUCGCUGUCGCGAGGCCGAGAAGUUCGACAACGUCAGGCCCGGCGCGCCUCCGAAAUCUGUCGGGACAGGCGUAGCCGGGGCCGGCUGCUUUGGCGUGGACACAAAACAGUGGCUGAGCGAGUGCAAAGCCAAGCAGUCGUACGUCCGAGCGCUCACCAAAGACGUUAACAACAGAACCGGAUGGAGGUGGAUCCGCAUCGACUCGUCCUGCGUGUGCGUGCUGUUGUCCAGAGUCAACCAGGCGCUGGGGAGGGAGGUCUUGACGAGGAAGGGGAGAGGCUGAGAGAGAGAGAGAGAGAGAGAGAGAGAGUGGAGGGGGGAGAUAGAGAGAUGACACAGAGCAGAGCAGCUGUGACAUCCUUCUGUAGGCCUGAUGGAGUUGGUUAUUUCUCUCUCUUCCAUCCCUCCCUCCACCACAACUUCAAAUGACUUAAAAAAACAAACAAGAAGACCUCAAUAUCAGAUCUUAGGGAAAAUUGUCAUAUAUAGAUAUUUUACGUUGAAAAGUACUGUUCUGUUUUUGUAUGAUUUAUCUUUCAUAAUCUAAGUUAUUUUUAAUUAGUAUGUAAGCAUGUGUAUGUCUUUGAUAUUAAUAUAUUCCUUCAUAUGUGUAUGUUUAUAUGUGUACAAUAUGACACCCGUAUACCUUUCUUGUAUGAAGCUAUGUAUAUCUGUGUGUAUUUAUAGAAGACGUUUUCGUGGAGUGGUAGGUCGCUCCAGUGUCUGAUGAUAAUUCCAGCCUCUGGGCCGCUCGGGUUGCGAGAGGAAGGAGCGCCACCUACUGAGGUUCCGUUUUACUGCUCCACACUGUUCCCAUAUGGAUACCCAAACUACAACACGGGCUUUAGCACACUUUAGCAGGGUUUCACUCAGGCUGAUGAUGUGACAGGAGACAUCACAGAGUAGAUCUUGUUCAGUGUGGUUCAUGAAUGUGAAUUAUUUGACACCUAAACAAGCUAAUGUUACCAUCUCCGGGUUUGUUCAGUUCGCCUGCCAAAAUGUGGUAAUAAAGGAUCUUUAUACUCAGC